GCGACCCUGCUCGUGAGCGAUCUCCCGACUCAUCUCUGGAAAGAGAGCUGUCGGAUUAACGUGAUCUAGGCGUGGAUAAUGACUUUUAAUUUAAAAUUUCAAAGACUGGUAAAAUGAGGAUGUCAGAAAUGAAGAAUUGUUUGUGAUGUCAGUGAUGGGAGCGGUACGGACCGCUAGGAGAGAAUGUGAUAUUCAACAAAGAUGUUUGUAAGAGACCCCUGUGGCAUCGUAUGCAUCAUAGUUACUUAUAUUGCUGUAUUUUAUGCUGACUAUGUAGUCAUACGAUGGAUCAUUUUAAAUACCAUGCAAGACAGCUUAUGGGGACCAUUUCAUGUAGUGGCAUUCAACACUGUCGUCCUACUAUUGAUGAUGGCUCAUUUAAAAGCAGUUUGUAGCGAUCCAGGAGUGGUACCGUUACCACAGACUAGAAUGGAUUUCUCAGACAUUCAUACUAGCAGUUCCAGUCCUGCCGAUGACUGCGAUGAAAGAGAUGAUUGGACCGUGUGUACAAGGUGCGAAACAUAUAGACCACCUCGAGCACAUCAUUGCAGAAUUUGUAAACGAUGUAUUAGAAGAAUGGAUCAUCACUGUCCUUGGAUAAACAAUUGCGUUGGUGAAAGGAAUCACAAGUAUUUUAUACAGUUUUUGGUAUAUGUUGGAGUUUUGGCCUUAUAUGCCAUUGUUCUGGUCGCCCUGUCCUGGGCGUACGACUGCCAGGAAUGCAGCAAUGACAUUGCUGUCAAACAUAGUAGAAUUUUGCAUUGCGUCAUGUUGGUGCUAGAAUCUGCAUUAUUUGGAUUGUUCGUUAUAGCAAUCCUAGUGGAUCAAUUUCAGGCAAUCUUGGGUGAUGAGACAGGAGUUGAGAGAGUUCAAGCAGUCCAUCAUCAUUAUACCAAACCAGCCCCUCGUGCUUUAACUCUGCUUUCACAAGUUUGCGGAAAAGGUCAUCCGGUACUGUGGCUGUUACCAUGUCACAAUCCACCACGUUAUUCAUUUAGACGAGAUGCACAUCUGAUUGAUCAUCAAGUUUAAUUAAACGUAUCAUAUAAGCCUUUGUAGAUACUGAAAGACCUAGAGGUCAAACUCGAUGCACACUCUUUGCAGACUUUUGCAUUUAUCGACAACCACUAAGUUAACAUAGAAUUAUGUCAAUAAUAUUCCAUCACAAUAUUUUUCAAUAUGGAAACAUGCACUUCCUAUUUAUUAUAGAAACAGUUAUUUAUUUUUCUCUACUUUUCUUAUUGUAUCCAUAUUUAUAAGAAUGUAAAACUAU